UGUUGAGAGAGCAGAUUUCCAUUCAGAUCGAGUUUAACAUGACACCGUUUACAAAGGGAGAGGAGGAGCGCCAUGACAAUUAUCAAAGGAAAUUAUACGAGACUAUACAACACAAUCAGCAAAGAAGGAUGCAGCUCCAGAGUGAUUUUCAAUCACAGCAGCGGAAAAAUCGCCUAAGCAGGGCUGCCUGGCUGCAGGGCCGCUGGGUAGAGAUCAGUGAGCAGGAGCGCAGGGCUCAGAUCCAUAACCAAAAGCUACUGCAGGACUUUCAGAGAGCACAAGACACACUCAAUGACAUGUUGGCCCACACCGAAGCCAUGAACAAUAUACGUGUUCAGUAUGAACAGUAUCUGGAAGCGAACUUCACACAAUGGCAGAAAAGACUGAAAGACAUAAGAGUUGCUGAAAAGUCCCAGCGGGUACAACAGCACUCGAUGAGUUUUAUUCAGCAGAUGGAGGAGGACGAAGGUAUGAAGACUGCACAUAGGUCUGACUUUAGAGGCCACCCUUUGUCCUCCAAUUCUCCAAACCCAUCUCAAACUUCUCACACCAUUAAAAACACCCAGACAGCAAAAGACAUCGAGCAAAAUGUUGAGAGAUGCAACUUGGAAAAUGGCCAUCAUCCUUACUUUCCAUCCACUUGGUUAACUGGCUCACAACCUUUUAUUUCCGGACUCCCCCAAAACAAUAUCCCAAAGGAUUAUAAAAACCUUCAGAACUUUCAAGCCUUGAAAUAUCCCUUGCCGCCCUACUAUUCUUUACCUGGAGAUUCACUCCAUCAAUCACAUUCUCCAGUCCAGCAGAAGCCACCAUCAGUGGACAAUCUAUGGGCAGGUACAAGGCCAGGCUUUGUGCCUUCAGCUCACUUCACUCCUGCCGGUGCUUCCUUGCCACGAUUUCCUGUGUUGAGUCCUAUGAUGUGGGGCAUGAUGGAUGUACCAGACCCCUGUGAGGAAAGCAUACACCACAAGGAAAAGGUGACAAAAGAGACAGUGCACCCAAAUGAAGAGAGUUGCGAGAGACUGAAACGUAGGAAGAAUGGGAAAGAAAACGAUCGGUCUGAGCUAGACUGUAGACCAGUGCGUCUAUCAAUUGACAAAGAAGAAAGUAGUGAAGGCAGCGCUGUACCCUCUGAAGUCACAGUUUCUGGGAUGCAAAAAAGGGGAAAGAAAAAAAGAAAUGGGACCAAAUCAUGCUCCACAGAAAACGAUAACGAUUCUCAAGGUAGCUCUUCCACUUUGCCACAAGAUGCUUCGGAUAGCCACUCGGACACACAAAUCAGCAAAAUACGUCAAAAAACAUCUAAGAAGUAUAGCAAAAAAGAAGCUAUCAUCACUAAGAAGAACGUUGAUGCAGGGAUGCAAGAUGAAGAGGAAGAUGAACGGGAAGAAAGCCGGAGACAAGAAAUACUUCCAAGUAGUGUAAGCUCAGAAAAGAAAGAUGGAUCGGAAGGACUCAACAUUAGAAAUAAAGAAUAUUUUGAAGGAAAUGGUGACAGUCAUGUUGCAGAAGAGAAAAUAUAUGACCGAGAAACUGAAGAUGAAGAAGAGGAUGAGGAAGGCAUAGGUGGAGAGGAGGUAGCAGGAUUGGACGAUGAAGAAGGGAGUGAGAAAGUGAUGGGAAAGAGAGAUGGGAUUGGACACAGUGAUGGAGAAGAACCAGAAAGGGAAGGAGAUGUUCCAAAGGACAUUCCAGAUAGUGAAGAUGGAGGAGAGACAACAGAGGAAGAGGAGAGAGAAAAAGGUUUUCAAGACGAGAUAGAGCCCGGAAAAAGUCAAGGAAGUGUAGAAGAUGACAAAAACAUUAAUACUUCACACAGAGACAUUCACAAAAGUCUUGAAGAGUUGUAUGCAGAUGACACUAAAGAGGAAGAGGCUUACAAUCUAAUGGAAGAAGAUGAAGAAGAGGAUGAGGUUGUGGUUGAGAAAGCGUAUUGGCAACCCCUGGUUGAUGAUCACACAAAAUGCCCUGAUGAUGAAGAUGACGAUAUUGAAGGCCUUCUCAACCCUGUCAACUCCCGACCGCAGAAGGAUGAUGACGUGGAGGAGACAGACCAAUCACUUGAUCAACAUUCUGGUUCAGAGGAGGAAAAUCUCCCACAGAAGAACCAUCCUGCUGCCACAAAUGAGUCAGUGGAGUCUGAUGAAGAGUUUGACCACUUCUAUGAUUGAACUAGAAACUAGAACAUAAAGGUGGAAAAAAAUUGGGAAGAGGAAAACAACAAUUGAUAAAUAUAUUAGGCAGAGGCUGCAGUAACUCGAUGCUUUCAGAAAAUGAGCAAGGUGCACACCCUACACAGCAGCUUUAGACUGACCAGAGAGCCACAAGGCUGAGCAAUGAAUAGAGGAAUCAGAUUACAAAGGGAUGAAAGAGGAAGAAAGGGAUAAAUAGAUGCUGGGUGUCUCAUUUUUUUUUUCUUUUUUUUUUUUUUGCUAUUUGCCGGUAGCUUAUCUGACUGUCCUGAAAGCACCACACCACUGUCACUCUGCAAACACAGGUGGAUCCAGAGAUGAAGAGAGAAUAAUAGAGGAGAUGAAUAGUGGAUGACGUUAGAUGAAAUAAGCCACGUUGUAGAUUUUAUUAAGCACAUAGCUAAAAUGGUGUCACUUUCACAAAACAGAAAAGUGUUUCUUUAAUCUCUUUUCUCUGUGUCCUAUUGGGAAUCAAAGUGUUUGCCCUGAAUUCUUCAGCAUUCAUUUAAAUGUAGUCAGAGUUUGAACGCUUUCUCAUUCAGAUAGGGAGCGUGGCCUGAAGCGAGGGGGAUGAGUGGGGGUUUCGGAACGAAGAGGGGGUGCGAAGGGAAGGAGCACAGGCCUGUCACUGCCUCUGAGUGAUGGCUAUUUGAACAGGCAUAUUUACCCGAGCCCUUGUGAAAGGAGACGGAGGGACUCUAACGCGCGGGCACAGACAGGCAAUAAAAAGCUGGCCACUGUGUAAACAACAUGGCCUAGUCUGUUCAGCCGCUGCCAUGCCAACAGGGUGGCUUCCACUCUUCAGCCAAUCACAUGCCAGCUUUUUGACAAGUGGAACAAAAAAGCCAUCAGAUGUUUUGCCAUUGCCGAAAUUUUAAUAAAAUAAAAUAUUAUAUACUGCGUUUGGGUAUGCUUUUUGGAUGUGACAUGUCCUACGUUUUAACAUGCUGUACUGUUUUAUUUUGUAAGUCUUUUAGAAUUAUUGUGAAUGCAGUUUUUUUAUGACGUAUGAGUUUUGUACUGUCACAACACGAGACCAUUUACAAUGUGAAAAAAAAAGCUGAUUAUGAAUGGUGUAAAGUUUACAGUAAAUGGAAUGGUGACCAACACAUAAAUACACACUUUUGAAUUU